ACUUUGCUUGGUGUCUCUUGACACAAUCCGAAUUUGAAAACUUGGGUUCACAGCUCACUGGGAUCUGCGUAACGCUGCCAAUCCUGCAAUCACUUCUUAGACUCUUCUCAGGUCAAACCCAAAGAGACAAGAUGCUGUUUAUGUUUUUUGUGCUGUCUUCUGGGUUUUUCCUGGACAUGGGAAUGUGUACUGCAGAGCAAUCAGAGCUGAGGAUCACAACAAUCAAGCAAGAUCCAUACACCAUGUCCAAAGGUGCACAGCUGGAAGGCUUCUGCAUGGACCUGCUCUCAGACAUAGCCGGUAAACUGGGCUUCAAGUACCGAGUGCAGCUGGUGAAAGAUUCUUCGUACGGACGACAGGAUGAGAACGGAAACUGGAACGGGAUGAUCGGAGAGGUGGUGAGGGGGGAGGCCGACCUCGCAAUUGCGCCUCUGACUCUCACUGCGGCUCGGGAGAAAGCUGUCGGGAUGACCAAACCCUUCAUGCAGACAGGAAUCAGCAUCCUGCUGAGGAAGGACAUCUCGGAGGGAGCAGGCCUCUUUGAUUUCCUGUCGCCCUUCACAGCAGAGACCUGGGUCGGAAUACUCAUCGCCUACGUCGGCACCGCUGCCUGCAUCUUCAUAGUUUCCAGACUCAGCCCAUGUGAGUGGAGUCAGCCGCAGAGUGAGACCAACACAUUCAGUUUCCUGCACAGCCUCUGGUACACAGCAGGAGCUCUGACCCUACAAGGCGCUGGUCCUCAUCCCAAAGCUCUUUCAGGACGCGUCAUCUGCAGCACCUGGUGGGUGUUCAGCGUCGUCCUUCUGGCUUGUUAUUUCUCCAACCUCAGCUCCUCCAAGAGCCCAGAAUCCACUCACCUGACGGUGAAAGGCUUCGAGGACCUGGCCAACCAGGACACCAUUGAGUAUGGCUGCCUUACGGGCUCAUCCACCCUCGCUUUCUUCAAGAAUUCAAACAACCCUGUGUACCGCAGAAUUUAUGAGCAUAUGGAGAGAUCAAAAAGUUUGGUGUCGUCCAUGGAUGAAGGCGUGCGGCGCUCUAAAGAGGGCAACUUUGCCUUCAUCGGGGAGUCGGUUUCUCUGGACUUGGCCGUCGCGCGUCACUGUGAGCUGGUCAGGGCUCAUGAAGUCAUUGGCAUGAGAGGUUACAGCAUCGCAGCUGCCCUGGGUUCUCCCAUCAUAAAGAACCUCAGUGUGGCCAUCCUGCAGCUGAGCGAGGCCGGGGAGCUGGCCUACCUGCGCAGCAAGUGGUGGGCCAGCAGCUGCAUCGCAGACAAGGCCAGGGCGGCGGCGGCGCAGCCUCACGGCCUCAAGGGCCUGUUUCUGAUCCUCUCUCUGGGGCUGGGGCUGGGAGCGCUGCUGGCCGUCCUGGAGCUCGCUUCCAAGAGUCGCAGGAGCGCAGCUGAGCAGAGGAAGUCAUGCUGCACAGUCCUGACCGAAGAACUGAGUCUGCGUUUGAGGAACCACAGCGACAACGAAUCCCAAGAAAAUGUGGAAAAAGACAAAGAAAAAGCGUAG